ACUUGAUAGCUUUCAUUAAGUUUUGGUACCUUGGGUUGCUUAAGCGACGUUUAAAGGUGCAGAAAAUGAACCCUCCUUUCUUUUCAAGAGAUGGGGAGAACCAGGGAAAGGUAGAUGUUUGAUUUCGUUUUUGCUUACACCAAGUAACCGGUGUCAGAGGAAGAGAGAAUUUUGUAUGUCAGAGGGUGAGUGGCUGAGUCGCUGAGUGAGAGAGAGAGUCUCUAUCAUGUCUGACUUGGAGUUUUUUCUCCUCCUCCUUGCGUCAAUCUCAGUUCCCCUUGUGAUUCUCAAUCUGAUCAAAAGAAAGCAAAGCGGACUUAAUCUACCUCCGGGAAACACGGGUUGGCCUUUUCUGGGUGAAACCAUCGGCUAUUUAAAGCCGUACUCGGCCACUUCAAUAGGAGACUUCAUGGAGCAACACAUAUCAAGGUUCGGAGAAAUCUACAAGUCCAAUCUGUUUGGCGAGCCAACCAUAGUCUCAGCGGAUUCUGGGCUGAACAGAUUCAUACUACAGAACGAAGGAAAAUUGUUUGAAUGCAGCUAUCCCAGAAGCAUAGGUGGAAUUCUUGGGAAAUGGUCCAUGCUGGUUUUAGUUGGAGACAUGCAUAGAGACAUGAGAACCAUCUCCCUCAACUUCUUGAGCCAUGGCAGGCUUAGGACUCAUCUCCUACCAGAGGUGGUGAAGCACACUUUGCUUGUUCUAAGCUCUUGGAAGGAGAAUUGUACAUUUUCUGCUCAAGAUGAAGCUAAGAAGUUUACCUUCAAUCUGAUGGCAAAACAUAUCAUGAGCUUGGAUCCCGGAAAGCCGGAGACUGAGCAGCUUAAGAAAGAGUAUGUUACUUUCAUGAAAGGAGUGGUAUCUGCUCCUUUGAAUUUCCCUGGAACUGCAUACAGAAAAGCCCUACAGUCUCGGUCCACCAUCUUAAAAUUUAUCGAGCUGAAGAUGGAAGAGAGGAUUCAGAAACUGAGGGGAGGAGGGUUUGAGAAUAUGGAGGAUGACGAUCUUCUUGGAUGGGUGCUGAAGCAUUCCAACCUUUCAACUGAGCAAAUCCUGGACUUGGUACUGAGCUUGCUCUUUGCUGGCCAUGAAACUUCAUCAGUAGCAAUAGCUUUAGCUAUCUACUUCUUGGAAGGCUGUCCCAACGCCGUUCAACAGCUAAGAGAAGAACACCUUGAAAUUUCCAGGGCCAAGAAGCAAUCAGGAGAGUUGGAAUUGAGUUGGGAAGACUACAAAAAAAUGGAAUUCACUCAAUGUGUUAUUAGUGAGACACUGAGGCUUGGAAAUGUGGUUAGGUUUCUACACAGAAAGGCCCUGAAAGAUGUCCGGUACAAAGGGUAUGACAUUCCAUGUGGGUGGAAAGUGCUUCCGGUGAUUGCAGCAGUGCACUUGGAUCCUUCCCUUUUCGACCAACCUCAACACUUCAAUCCUUGGAGAUGGCAGAAUAAUGGUAACCGAGGAAAUUCGACUAGCUGGAGCACAGCCACGAAUCAAAACUUCAUGCCAUUUGGGGGAGGACCACGGCUAUGUGCGGGCUCUGAAUUGGCCAAACUGGAAAUGGCGGUGUUCAUCCACCAUUUGGUUCUCAACUACAACUGGGAGUUGGUUGAUAAGGAUCAGGCUUUUGCCUUCCCAUUCGUCGAUUUUCCGAAGGGCCUACCCAUCAAGGUCCGACACCACAAUUUCACGUGAAAACGGCCUCGUUCGUCACUCUCCGCAGGCCUCAGCUCACAUGUUGGAUAUACAAACAGAAGAAAUCCUCAUUUCUCCCUCCACGUCAGCCUGUUGCUCUUGGAUUUUCCAACGGCCUAGUCUUUUUAUUUUUAGUUGUUCACAUGAACAAAGGGAAGACAUAAAAGAAGUGAAGUACAGUUAUGUUAGGACCACAACCCCCGAACCCCAACCCCAACCCCUCUUUGUAAAUUUUAAUUUUUCCCUGAGCCUUGCGGGCCUGGGAGUCUAUUCAUUAUAUUUAUAUGUGAUAUGGUCUUUCCUUUGCUUUAA